AUGAAUGGAACAGUUAUAAUCACCGGCGCCAACGGGUCGUUAGCCCUUGGCUUUGUCGAGUCUUUCUUAGCUUCAUAUCCCGAGCAUACCCUCAUCGCCACCGUGCGGAAUCCCUCCCCUGAAACAGACCAGAAUACUGCCAAACUGGUGGAGCUUAUCGCAAAAUAUCCAAAGGCCAAUGCCAAGGUUGAAGGCCUUGACCUUGGGAGCCUGGCAGUGGUUCGAUCGUUGGCGGACAAUCUCGCGGCAAGGAUAUCAUCCAAAGAGCUCCCACCCAUAUCAGCCAUCGUCUGCAACGCUUUCACCUGGUCACUCGAAAGUGGCCAGAAGUUUACAUCCGAUGGAUUCGAGGCAACUUUCCAAGUAAGCCAUCUGGCGCACUACCUCCUCGUCCUAAAGCUUCUCGACAGGAUGGAUCGUAUAUCUGGACGGGUGGUCAUGUUAGGCUCGAUCACGCACUAUCCGGAGAGACCGAAUCCGCUGUGCUCUCUGCGACCGGGAAUUCCGGAUAAUAUUGAGGAACUUAUCAAGCCUACUCCGGAUCCUCUGGCUCUUAUCCAUGAUAGGGGAUUUCAGCGGUACGGCACAGCCAAGCUAGCGAAUGUUCUAUUUACGGAGGAUCUCAAUACGAGGCUGAAAAGGGACCCUAAUCUGUCAAACAUAACAGCGCUGGCGAUGGACCCAGGCGGCCUUCUUGCGUCAAGAGCGCAGUCAGGCCAGAAAGCAUCUGUGCAGCGCCUGUUUUCAGUUCUUAAUUUUCUCAUGCCCGUUCUGAAGUACGUAACCACGGUAUUUCGCACCAACGAGGAUUCCGGUCGAGACCUGGUGGCUGUCAGUCUCGACCCGGCUUUUCAUGAGAAACGCGGUUAUUAUAUUGGGCAGAAAGCUGCCAUGCCAUCAGAAGUGAGUGGAAACGUGGACUUGCAGAAGAGGCUCUGGGAUGCAUGUUGGGAAUGGACCGGUCUUACACCGGACGAGACAGCUCUCCAGAAUGCAGCUCCGGGACCAGUGAGCUAG